UAGUCUUUCAAUCAAAGUUGAUUAGUGACAAUUUGACGACGAUGUCUGACGAGGAAGAUGAAUUUGCCGGCGAAGUCGAUAAAUCUACGCACGGCGAAGCAGGCGAGAGCUCACCCAGAGCUGGCGAUUUCACGGCGGAGGUCGUCUUCGAUAAGAGACUAACCUUCGAAGAGGCGUCGCGAUGCCUCAACAUGCUGGGCAAGGACGAGACCGGCAUGCGCUACGCCUACCUCAAGAUAACCGCCACCGAAAGAAAACUCACCGACGUCUCCGUCGUACUGAGCUUCAAGCACGUCCUGUUCGUCGAGGUCGGCGACAACCUGCUGACCUUCGACUCUCUGCAGGUCCUCGCCGAAAUGCCCUACCUAAUUAUGCUAAACGCCGAAGGGAAUCGAAUAAACAGCGCCGCCUUCGAGCGAAUGUCCUACCUACAGGUGCUGAAACUGAGUCGGAACCUGGUGCUCGACACUAAGGACGUCGACCAACCGGCUCUCGAACACUUAGGAUUAAAUCACAAUCAAAUUUACUUGUCACAGUUCGAAUCCGAUCGCUUAGAACAACUUAAACAAUUGGAGCUGAGGGGGAACUUUUUAACCGACCUGUCCGGCAGUUACCCGGCCAGCCUCGAGGCUCUGUAUCUGGCGGAGAAUCGCAUCAAGGAACUGACACUGUCGUCCGCCGACUUUCGGCGGCUGGCCGUCCUCCACCUGCGCGAGAAUUACGUUCGGAAGCUGGACGGACUCGGACGCGCCGAUCUGCCCAGCUUGAGGUAUCUCAACCUGCGAAAGAACAAGAUCACGAAGUUCAGGCAGUUUCGAAAGCUGGCCCGGCUGCCCAAGCUGGAAACGCUAAUCGUCUUGGGGAAUCCGUUUUACGGCGAGGAAGAGAAACCGGGGGAGGACGACGAAGAGCUAGGCGACGAGGAAGAGAAGGAGGACAUCGCCAGGCAGAGACGAGAUCACGCUUCACACAGAGUCGAAGACUGA